AAUUUUGCAACCAGUGCAGAAAAUCGAUAUGAAUCUUACUGAUCUUUUGGGUGAACUGCAACGGGAUCCUUGGCCUGUUCCACAAGGAAAACGGCCCUUACGUUCUUCUGGAGUGGCUCUUUCUAUAGCCGUAGGGCUCCUUGAGUGCACUUUCCCCAAUACGGGUGCACGUAUAAUGAUGUUCAUUGGAGGACCAGCCACGCAAGGACCUGGCAUGGUUGUAGGGGAUGAACUCAAGUUACCUAUAAGAUCGUGGCACGACAUUGAAAAAGACAAUGCUAAAUAUGUUAAAAAGGGUACGAAGCAUUUUGAAGCCCUGGCUAAUCGGGCUGCAACAAAUGGUCAUGUUAUUGACAUAUAUGCGUGUGCAUUGGAUCAGACUGGUCUUCUGGAGAUGAAGUGUUGUCCCAACUACACUGGAGGCUACAUGGUAAUGGGAGACUCUUUCAAUACAUCUUUAUUCAAACAAACCUUCCAGAGAGUAUUCACAAAAGAUAUGCAAGGACAAUUUAAAAUGGGAUUUGGUGGCACAUUAGAAAUAAAGACUUCAAGAGAAGUAAAGAUUUCUGGAGCAAUUGGACCCUGUGUCUCUCUCAACUCUAAAGGACCUUGUGUCUCAGAAAAUGAGAUUGGAACAGGAGGUACUUGUCAGUGGAAGAUUUGUGGACUUAGUCCUACUACAACACUUGCACUGUACUUUGAGGUGGUCAACCAGCACAAUGCUCCCAUUCCACAAGGAGGACGUGGUGCAAUCCAGUUUGUGACUCAGUACCAGCAUUCCAGUGGACAGAGACGUAUCAGAGUGACCACAGUUGCCAGAAACUGGGCAGAUGCACAGACGCAGAUUCAGAACAUUGCUGCAUCUUUUGACCAGGAAGCUGCUGCGAUUCUCAUGGCUAGAUUGGCAGUGUAUAGGGCAGAGACAGAAGAGGGGCCUGAUGUACUUAGGUGGCUGGACAGACAACUUAUACGACUGUGUCAGAAGUUUGGAGAAUAUCACAAGGAUGAUCCAAGCUCUUUCAGAUUUUCGGAAACCUUUUCACUUUAUCCACAGUUCAUGUUUCACUUGAGAAGAUCUCCUUUCUUACAAGUUUUUAACAACAGUCCGGAUGAGAGCUCAUACUACCGUCAUCAUUUUAUGCGUCAAGAUCUAACCCAGUCGCUUAUCAUGGUUCAGCCAAUUCUUUAUGCCUACUCUUUCAAUGGACCCCCAGAGCCUGUUCUUCUGGAUAGCAGCAGCAUUUUACCAGAUCGCAUUCUCCUCAUGGACACCUUUUUCCAGAUCCUUAUUUAUCACGGAGAGACCAUAGCUCAGUGGCGUAAAUCAGGUUACCAAGAUAUGCCAGAAUAUGAAAAUUUUCACCACUUGCUACAAGCUCCAAUAGAUGAUGCCCAAGAAAUUCUCCAUUCCAGAUUUCCAAUGCCCAGAUACAUUGAUACAGAGCAUGGAGGAAGCCAGGCUCGUUUCCUGCUUUCAAAAGUGAAUCCCUCUCAGACUCAUAACAAUAUGUACGCAUGGGGACAGGAGUCUGGAGCACCCAUUCUUACGGAUGAUGUCAGCUUGCAAGUAUUUAUGGAUCAUCUGAAGAAACUUGCUGUCUCUAGUGCUGCCUGAGGUUCUGCAGUGGUGCAUUAAAGGCGCAGAUAAGCUGUAGCCAUAUUUCAGCUUUUUCUCCUUUACCCUUUUCCAUGUCUCUUGACAGAAUGCUGUGAUGUGCACAAGCUGCCUGACUAGAUACAAACCAGUGUUGUUUUCAAAGAAAAGCUUUUGUUAUCAGCAAAUGUGAAUUGCAGUUUGUAAAAAAAUGACAGGUAGUAGAUUUAAGUUAUAAUUAGAAGAAAAAGAACAGUAGUUUUGAAUACUGGUGAUACUAUAAUUACUUUGACAUCAUUUAUAAGAACUUUGAGAUGUGAUUUCAGUUUCCUUUUUAAAUGGUUGAGGUUGAUUCUGCUCUGCACUGCAAAGGCACGUUGAACAAUAAAGGAAAUCUUUGGUGAUGUCAGGCUUUCCAGACUGCCAUAUGAUGACUUUUGCUU